AUGCCAUCCAAAGGAAGCACAAGGGCUUGGAUACUGCCAGGUUGUCCAAGCCUAGACAGGAGAAUUCGAGAGUCAGAGGUCAGGUUCAAACCAUGGGCCUUCUGCCCAUAUCAAAUGCUACCUUCAUUGGCCACAGCUCUGUCGACUAAUCUUUUCCAUUCUGCACGCUUCCUCGGAUUGAUCGUCCCAAACAGACUGUUCACCUUCACCGCUGCGCGGUUAAAAAAAGAGAUUCGCUACUCCGUUGAGGGGAAUCGCACCACGAUUGAAGGCGUUCAUGUCCCGUCUGAGCGUUCUGGCAAGGUCUUGUGCCUAGAUGGUUUAGGUGACCCGCGAGAUACAGAUCCAAUAAGUCGUUUGAAUUUGAACCUCACUCACACGGAUGUCCGGAUUUUGUCCCAGUUCCUGCGACCUGACGGUACGAUUCUCCCUCGGAAAAUUAGCGGAAUCAGUUUGCGCAGUCAACUGGUAAUUGAACUAUUGAUUGAACGAGCCAGAAAAGCUGGUUUACUCCCCGUGAGCAUAAAACCUUCGGGCGAACAUGUCUACCAAGAACGAGGCCGUCACCGCUUCAAUGUUUACUAUGCAUCUGAUAUGAUUGGACUACCGACUCUGGAAAAAAGAAACAAAUUCCGUUUACUCCCCGUGAGCAUAAAACCUUCGGGCGAACAUGUCUACCAAGAACGAGGCCGUCACCGCUUCAAUGUUUACUAUGCAUCUGAUAUGAUUGGACUACCGACUCUGGAAAAAAGAAACAAAUUCCGUUAUAUCCCACCCGAAUACCUACUUGCUUCAAAGGAAAAGUGGUCAUCAUCUGGAUUCUACUUGACCUCAAACCCUCAAACUAAAUUGUCGAAGCACUCAAACCCCACAAAACCAGGGAAAAUCUACCAGUGGCAACCGAGCCGGAUCAUUGGUUCUUUGAAUAUCUGGUUGUCAGACUGGCCCUUUUUUUUAUUGAAAUUGAAAUUGUUCAGCUGUAGCACCCUUUCGGUGCCUAACUGGCAUACCAUCCGAAGAUUACAAGAGGGCUUAGAUACUGCCAGGUCGCCCAAGCCUAGACGGGAAGUCGAGAGGCAGAGGUCGGGUUCGAAUCACGGACCUUCUGGUCAGGAGAUUCGCGCUCUAAGCACUUGA